UGGAUCCGCCGCGCCGCUCGCAGCGGGCGCGGGCCGCGCGGGCACACACCGGACGGGAAGGGACGGGACGCGAGGCUUGGCGGGGCGCGUCUUGCUCUUCUCGCUGUCUCUCUCCCACCCGCUGUCCGCGGCGCGGGGCGUGGCGGGGCGUAGCGCUGCAGGGCGCGGCGGGGCGAGGCGGGGCACGGUGUGGCGCGGGGCCCAAGCGGUCUCCGCUAUACGCAAGGCAUGGCAGCGGAGCCGCCAGCCGCCAGUGAGCUGCCGGCGGCGCUCCCGCUCGCAUCUACUACACGGGGCCCCCGCGCGCACGCCGCGCCGCGCCACGCCAUCGCGUGCCCACCCCGCCCCGCCGCGCCCCGCCCCGCCGUGCCCCCGAGCGACCCGACCGGUCGCGUGGCGCCUCCCGUGCGUGGGAGUGAGAGAGAAAGCACUAGGAAGAGCAGUGUGUGUGUGCGUGUGUGACAGUGUGCGCGAGUGAGUGCCAAUGUGAUGUGCUGCCGGCCGCUAUGGGAUGAUCAAGCGGCCGCCAGGCCCUCGUAGUCGAGGAGGCCCCCCCGGGCGCCGCCCGCCGCGAGCACGCCGUCGUGCCAAUGCGCCAUGCCCACCGCCACCGUCAACAUGAAGAUGCUGUCCAUCUCCAUCCCGAGGCCGAGCAAGCAGGCCGGCGACGACGUGUCCUGGUCGUCCACCUCGCCGUCGGAGAGCCCCCUGUCCAACGCGACCUCGCCAUCGUCGGCGCCGGCCGGGCCGCACUCGCCCUGGUCCUUCGUCCGGGACGGCAGCUACCGGUCCUGCAUCGUCGCCGGCUCCUCCAGGUCCAGCACGAGCUGGGCGGCGCGACGGCGCCAGAGCGCCCAGGAGACGAGCACCAG